AAAUACGUGUCGGACCGGCUUGUCCAACGAGGAAUAUUUGGUCCCUGCACAAUAACAUUGGAAAUGUGUGGGAAAGUGUUGAUGUAGGGCAAACGAGUUUCAUGAUGGAUUGAAAGACGGUAUCGGGUAUUUGAGCGGCAGAGCAGCUGACGUAACGCUAUUUAUCUUUUGACAAAAUGUUUGCCAAACCGUUUCGAGUAAAAUCCAACACCGCAAUCAAAGGAUCAGACAGGAGAAAGCUCAAAGCUGAUCUUUUAGCAGCAUUUCCUUCACUGUCUGCUGAAGAGCUGUCUGAGCUUGUCCCCAGUAAAGAGGAGUGUAAUGUGGUGAAGAUUUAUGCACACAAGGGAGAAGCUGUGACAGUUUAUGUUCUUCACAAAAACCCCCUCUUCUUUGAGCUGGAGAAACAACUUUAUCCGACAGUGUAUGUGCUUUGGCGUCGUCCUACUCUCCUACCAGUAUUCAGAACAUGGGCUCCGGUGCUUCAGAAGCUGAUUGGAGGGGCCGAUCUCAUGCUGCCAGGUGUGGUGGUGCCUUCAUGCGGUCUGCCAGAUGUGAACCAAGGGGACUGCUGUGCGGUUACAAUUGUGAAUAAUAGGGCUCCAGUUGCAGUUGGCAAAGCUGCAGUGUCUCGAUCACAGAUGCAGAGUUCAGGUAUGAAAGGAAGAGGAGUGUGUGUUCUCCACACAUACAAGGAUUAUCUCUGGGCUUUUGGAGAUAAGUCAGUUCCUCCUUCCUUACCGGAUGAUGAGAGUGAAGCAGACGGGACGGAUGAAGAGAACUGUGAGGUCGGUGAGAACGAUCAAGAAGAAGAGACUGAGCAGAGUUUGGAGCAGCUGAGUUCUGAUGAAACCGUCUCAGAUCAAGCACGUUGUAUCAAAGAGCUGAGUCUGGCUGAGCAGGAAGGAGACAACGAGGAAAGUAGCAGUUACCAAGAGGAUGACAACCAGGAUGAACAGAAAACACCACAAGGUGAAAUGGACGCCCUGCUGCUGCAGUGCUUUCUGCACGCUCUCAAGAGCAAAGUGAAGAAGUCAGAGCUCCCUCUGCUGACGAGUACAUUUCUCCGCAACCACAUGUUCUCCUGCUGCCUAAGUGGAAAGCAACUUGAUAUCAAAAAGUCCAGCUAUAAAAAGUUGUCCAAGUUUCUGCAGGCGAUGCAGCAGCAGUAUAAUCUUAUUCAUGUGAAAGAACUCACCAAAGGUGUGGAGAGCAUUGUGGAGGUGGACUGGAAAAAUCCACAACUGCGUUCCUUCAGCAUUCCAGAGGAGGCAGAUGCUGAGUCAUCUGUGCUGCAGGAUGAAGCAGACAGAGAAGUCUCAUACCACCCUCCAGAGAUCACCACUCUGUAUUCAGUUUCUGUUCGAGUGGAGCCGUUGUUUUUGGAUGCAAACAAGAGGAAAGGAACAACAAUGAAUGCUGCUGAAGUGAGAAGUAUAAUCACUGAAUAUGUGAAGAAGAAUGAACUGGUGGAUGAAAACAACAAGAAUUUCGUGACCAUAAGUCCCAGUCUGUGCGACUGCUUACUGGAGAAAUCUGAAUAUCAGGAAGUGGAGGCUCUCAAAUGGGAUGACCUAUUUAGCAGGACGUUGGGAAGAAUGCAGGAGUGUUAUCAGCUCGUCUUUCCUGGACAAGCACCUUUAAUAAAGAAGGGCCACAUUGAGCCUAUAGACAUCUCUGUGGCUUCUCGGGGCUCAAAUAAGAAGGUGACUCUGAUCAAGAAUUUGGACGUGUAUGGUUUGGAUCCAGCUGCUGUUGCCACUGCUUUGCAGCACCGAGUCCAGGCCAGCACCGUCUUACACCCAGUCCCUGGAACUAAGGACAAAGUUCUGGUCCAGGUCCAAGGCAACCAGAUUCAUCAAACUGGAAGUCUGCUGCUUAAUCAUUAUCAAAUUCCACGCAAAUACAUCCAAGGACUUGACAAAGCUCCCAAAGGUGGCAAGAAGAAGUAGCACUUCAAUCCACUGUACCAGCUUUUAUCAUCUUCAGAUUGUUUUAUUGUGCAGAAAAACAACUCAUUGUUAAU